CUGAACACCAAAGACCAAAAUUUUCAAAUAUGCAGAGGUCAACAAAACUUACUGAUGAACAAGAGUUUUCAAUCAUGGUUAAUGCUUUAACCAAUGUGAUUACAGGUACUACUACCCAUACUUCUCCUGUCAUGGAUGUCAGUGCCAGUGCCGCAAUUUCAUUACCUUGUACGAGCAUGUCCUAUUCUAUUGAGCCGCCCCUGUUUCAUGUACCGGCAGAACCAGAGCGUUGUCAAUUCUGCAAAAUAAAUGGUUGUUUAGGUUGCAAUUAUUUUGCAACCUCAUCAGCUGGUAACAACAACAAGGCUUUAAAGAUUGUUGCGAAGAAGAAAAAGAAGAAUUACAGAGGAGUGAGACAGAGACCAUGGGGAAAAUGGGCUGCGGAAAUUAGAGAUCCAAGAAGAGCAGCCAGAGUAUGGCUUGGAACAUUUACUACAGCAGAGGAUGCAGCUAGAGCUUAUGACAGAGCAGCUAUUGAAUUUAGAGGUCCAAGAGCCAAGCUUAAUUUCUCAUUUGCAGAUUACACAUCAAUUCAACAACACAACAAUAAUACUAAUACUACACCCCUGCAAGUGCAACAACAAUCACCGCCCUCGCAGUUACAACAGGGAAUGAACACAGAAGAAGAAGAAGAGUUCUGGGAUGAAUUGAUGAAUUCAGACAAUGAAAUUCAACAUUACUUUAAUAGAGAAUCAUCUGAUUCUGCUAAUGCCUAUAUUGCUCAUAGCUUCUGAUCAUUUCCUAUUUUACGCAUAUUGCAUCCCCAUUUAGUUUUGAUACUAUCAAAUUAAAUUUGUUUUUCAAUCAAGAUUGUAUCAUAAAUACUUAGGCACAUAAUAUUACAUGUGGGGCCUGAGAAACCUGAGGGAGAAAUCACCUGAUGGCAGCUUGCCUACCAACUUUUCAACGAAUAUAU